GGGGCUGGUGAGUGGGGGAGGCUGUCACAUUCAAGGAACACGCCAGGCUGGCACCCCAGCAUGCAGAGCCCCUCUCCCCUCCCCAGCAGCCACAGACGUUCAAGGGGGCGGGGAAUCCUAAUCUAAUGACGUUGAGGCACAAGAGCCUUUGGCCCAUGACGUUGACCCCCCCAGGUGCCCCUGUGACCUGUGGAGCCGCUGAGCGCAUUUGAAGAAGGAUUCCCCCUCGCGGGCGUGUUUCAAGAUGUUCCUCUUCGCCCGUAAAACCAAGACCCCCAUCAGCACCUACACGGACUGCUACCGACCUCCCAAUUCCAUGCGAAAAACCUUCCAGGAGGCGCCGAUGACCCUGUGGAAAGAGAACAAGUUUGUGACAGAGGGGUUAAAGAUGCCCAGAGUAGAAAAUCAAGUGAACCAAGCUCACCUGGAGAAGAUGAUUAAGCAUGCGGUGCAGGAAUACUCCUAUAAGAACACGAUAGAACCGACAGCCUACAGGCCGGAAAAGUACUGGGUAACCAGGCCGGAAGAAAAGUACAAUCCAGUUUUUGUCAGUGGAGACAAGUACGCAACAUGGCGGACAGGCCCCUACAACAGCGCGGGGUGGAAUAAAUACACCACCUACCUCCCCAGGCUUCCAAAGGAAGCCGGGAUGGAGACCAUCCUGCGCGGGAUGCCCAUGCAAUACCCCCCGAAGCCUGACCGACUCAAUAACUACGAAAGGGAAGUGGUGGUCAACAUGUUGAACAGCUUAUCCCGCAACCAGCUGCCCUCCGUCCAGCACCAGACAGUCCUGCCCGGGCGCAAGCCCUUCCAAGGCUACUACAGUCCCUGCACCGGGCGCCACUACUGCCUGCGCGGGAUGGAUUACUACGUGGACGGCGCCCCCUGCAACGAGAGGCAGCUCAACCAGCUAGUGGAGAAGAUUGUAAGGAAUAUCCCAUACUGCGACUGCAGCCAAGAGACGAUGGGCUAUGCACCCACGCACAGCUCGCCGCAAUCUUUCCCGUAUAUGAACCUUAGGUGGGACACGAGUCACUUCCAGAAGGCCGGUGGGCCGCAGAAGGAUAGCUACGUCAUUCAUCCCGAGUUCGUGUCGGAGUCUUACCCCACUUCGCCGUGUUGGUAGAGAGCAGGGCCGGGCGCCCAUUAAAAUGGGCCUUGCCAA